UCGUCGGCCAAAAUUUGCGGAUGUAACUCUUUUGCACGGCUGAAGAGAUCCAUAGGUUCUGCAGGAGCAGCAACUUUCGCUAUUGCUGCUGAACUAAAGAAUGAUCUUUUCUUUGGAGGCGGGGGAGCCGCCUGAGGCAUCUCAUCUUCAAAUGGAUCGUCCAUGGCGAAAGAUCAGGAGUAAUGUGCAAGACGGAUGCGACGCGGUUGAAUUUGUGGGGUAGAACGCAAUCGUGAAUUUAAGUGCAAGGCUGUGAGAUGUGCCGCUAGUGAUUUCCUGGAUCUAGGUUUAUAUUGUACCGACAGAACCUACAACAUUGAACCAUUCACCUUGGGAAUAAAUCCUAAUCCGCUCCGAUAUUCAACGGCACUUCUGAUUUACUUGUGAAGGACGAGCAUUCUCCUGACUGCUACCCAAAAGAAGUUGCCCAGCCACCCCGCAGUCUUCCUUGGCGACAGAACACCUCACCACCAUGGAGAACGGCAACACCACACAAGCUGAGGGUAAGGACCCGUCAGCAUUCCUGAGUCAAAUCAUCGGAAACUCAGUGACUGUAAAACUGAACAGCGGAGUGAUCUACAAAGGAGAAUUGCAAAGUGUUGAUGGCUACAUGAAUCUGGCGCUCGAGAAAUGCGAGGAACAUAUCGAUGGGGCGAAGAAGAGGUGCUACGGGGAUGCUUUCCUGCGAGGCAAUAAUGUCAUGUACAUCUCGGCGGACUGAUUGUGGACGCCCAGAUCUGGAAACACACCAUACCUUGGUGGGAAUCUAGGACUCGUUUGUGCAUCAUUCCAGGCGUUGGGGUAUACCAACAGUUUAUGCUGAAGAAGAGGAAGAGCGGUGCUUAGAGUAGGGGGACGAUGCCAGUACUGUUCUAUUGCGUCGCAAAUUACGAAAACUACCAAUGAAAGGAGACUCAGAUUCGAGACGUCCAACAAAGAUACGUAACGCCAUGCAAAGCUAUCUCUCCAUUCUCGUUUCGUUCUGUGUCUCCUUCUUUCAGCACAGUGAA